AUUGAUGCAUAGAGACUAACUACAUAGGGAAGAAAACAUCAACCUGAACCGGUUUGAAUGUGGGUGGCUCAACUCAAAUUUGACUAUAAAAGGACACAUCAUCAAGGGUCAGCCAUUGCAUUUCAAGAACCAAGACAGACUCGGCUGUGAUUCCCACAAAAAUAUAGAACCUUCUUCAAACAGACAAAGAGUCCAUACCACCACAUGAAGUACAACUAAUAUACAGAACACUGGUUAAGCUUGGGACCGGAGACAACAAAGAUGGCACACAACAAGGGGUCAUCCCUGUCCAAUGCCCAUGGUCGUGAAAUUUAUGUUGGAAGUCAAAUCAGGGAUUCCAUUUCACUUCUGAAUGUUUUGUACGCAAAUGCAUUUGAAGAAGAGGACAUAGACUCCGCAGUAGCUAAGAAGACCGAGGUAGAUUUUUACAGAGGAGCCCCACCUCAAUGGCUUAACUUCUACUGGGCUGAAAGGGCAACGUCACCUGAUAAUACAACCCCCUUUAUCAAAAGAGACGGGUACACUGAGCUGAUAGAAAAUAUUAUGAAACGGCGUAAGGGUGACCUGACUUCUACCAUGAAUCUACUGCAUCAGCCAGGCAGCGGGGGAACCACUCUGGCCAAGCAGGUGCUCUGGGAUAUGAGGAAAAAGCUCAGAUGUGCUGUUCUAACAGGUGCUACCUCAGAUAUCACCGCUAUCGCCAAGCAGGUGAUUCACCUUUUCACUGCAGGCGGUCAAGGCCAGCAGAACACUGUGCUCUUACUGCUGGAAGAUGUGUUUAUUCAGAAGAAUCUGCAGAAUGCCAUCAUGAAAGAGAUUACAGACCGAAACAUUACAACCCACAUGCCUGUGGUCAUCAUUUUAAACUGUGUGCGUAAGGCAGUUAUCAAACAAGAGGACCAUAACAACUCAAGAAAUGUUUUUCUCAGGACGGAACUUUCUGAAGCAGAGAAAAAACAGUUUGAGGAAAAACAGAUUGAGAUCAGUAGAAGCUACAUUAAUGAACACAAACAGUUUCAUGGCUUUAACAUAAUGCAAUCCAAUUUCAGUGGAGAUGAUGUUAAAGAAACGUGUGCCUUUUUAGAUGUCAGGAAAAAUAGAAGACCUAAAAAAUCCCAGCUUCUUGCAUUCUUAUCACUGGUGAAUGUCUACGUCCCUGGAUCCCACCUUCGGCAGUCUCAAUGUCAGGCAUUCCUUGGUCCUCCAGAUCCCAUUUAUGGAGGUCCUUCCUUUGAGCAGCGAAUGGAGCCUUUCACUCAUCUGAUAGUGACAUUCCCUUCACAACAGGGACAAGACAAACAUGUCCGCAUGGCUCACCCACUGAUUGCACAGCAGUGUGUUGAGUUACUGGCUACAGCAGGUGUGACCAGGAGUGAUACAGCAAGGAACUUUCUGACAGACUUUUGUAGAGAAGAGGUGCAGCAACAUUUGAUGUCCGUCAUCAAAGACAUGCUAACUAAGAGGGAAAUCACUGUGGGUGAUAAGCAGAAUGCAGAAUGGAAACAAGACAUGUUAACGAAAGGGGAAAUGAGAGAAGAAAGGAAAGGCAAGUUUUCCAGGUUGAUUCAAGAUAUUGAACAUACUGAAGGCACAGAUUCCAAAAGCAAGUGUGUAUCUGUUUUACAACUAGCUUCAAAGAAAUUCAAGCAAAACCCAUUCUUUCCUCAAGCUCUUGCUCGUUUCUUUUACAUUGUGAAGAGAGACUAUUCUAAAGCGGAGAAGUGGGCAAAAAUAGCAAAAGACAGAGAUCCCAACAAUUCAUUUGUUGCUGACACACUGGGGCAAGUAUACAAGAACCAUUUGAUGAGCAGGAUGAAAGUAGAGCAGAGUUCCUUCAGGGUUCCCGAACAGCUGGGUUCCAUAUCUGCACAAGAAAUUUUGCAACUAUCAAAAAAGGCCUUUGAGGCUUUCAAAGAUGAGGAAAGGGCUGCUGAAAAUGAGCAGGGAGCAGACAUGCAAUACGAUGGUAUUAACAAAGUCUCACACAUCUAUAACAACAGAGGACUAUUUGGAUAUCUACAGGUUGCCAACAUUGUUUUUGACUCACUUGUCUCUCUUGACAAAAACUGGCAAAAGGUCCUUACCAUGGAAAUAUCCGCUGACUCCUUCUUCAUAUCAAUCGGACAGAAAAAGCUCUUCAAGUACAAGCCACUCAUCAUCAGCCUCAGGGAUGAGGUGGAGAGGAAAUGUGAGUUUUUUGACAGUUACUUYACGUACUCCAAGCCCAGCAUGAAAAAAGACGAACCACAUUACUUUCAGACUGAUGUCAAGAACUGCUACUGCAAAUACGUGGGGACAUGCACACCUAUACACUCAGAGUCUGCAAUAGAUGUACCCCUCCAGAAGCUCAAAGAGGAAAUGGCCAUUACUUUCCCUGGACUGCUUUCCUGUCUUGAUAAGGGCUAUGAUAAAACUCACUUGCGCCGAAUAACAACAUUGUGGGGGAAAAUAAAAAAAAUAAAAAACACGAAAGAUGGUGACAACAAAGCGUCCCAAAACUUCAUCCUUGCCAACAUCAUCUUAAGCAAAGUGGAAGCAGCAUCUCCAAUGCUUACCCCUUUGCCAAUCCUAAGAAGCAUUCUGGAGAGACAUCUCGUGGCUAAUCUCGGUAACCAAACCCCAGAGUUUUACUUCUUAGUCCUUUUGCUGUUUUGGCCCGAGGAGCAUAAGAAAAUGGCAUUCAAUAUUGACCUCAACAAAUGUGUUCAAGAGAUGCAAGACUCCUACAACAACACAUACAAGAAGCAUCUUCGCUCAAGGUACCUUCUCCCCCUUAUUUUCCUGGGAAAGGGUGAGAGUUUGAGCAGACUGGUUCAUAGAUCAAAAAUAGAGAAACUAUUGGUAGAGGAGAGUGGUGAGGUGUGGAGAAAACCCAGUGUCCAGGAUCUUCUUCUUCCAGUCAAUGGAGUGGUUAGACAGCACAGGGUGUUUGCACGCGUUGAUGGCAAGGAGAUUGAAGUUUCUGCCGACCAACAAAGCAAAGUUUGGAAGUCCGGAGGCGUCUGCUUCUACCUUGGCUUCACCAUUAGAGGUCCUGUGGCCUACGACAUCCACUACCCAUCCCAUUCAGAUAGGAAUAAAGAGGAGGAUCCUCGUAAAAUGUUGGAAGUACCGGACAUCAAAUUGAUCAAAGACCGGGCCUGUGAGAAGUUGAACAACAUGCCAAUGUGAUGACCUCAGUCCAGCACUUUGAGGACUUCCACCGGACAUAACUGAUCCAGAGAGUGAACCAGGUGAAGCCCAUCUUGGAUAAACUCAUCACUGACAAGAGCUAAAGUUCAGUACUGGUUGAACGCACCACACAGGACCAGAUGGGGGAGCUCUCCACAGGACCGUUGAGGGCAAGUGGCAUCAGAGCAAAAUCUAUUUUCUAUGAAAUACUGAAGGAGUUGGAGCCACUGCUAAUCAAAGACCUGAAGGGUGAAUGAGGAGCUGGAAUGGUGAAUGGGGUACAUUUGAAGUUUGUUUUAGGGGAAAAAUAGGCAUACAUGGCAGUUACGCUUUGUUUUAUUACUUUGUGUUUACAAGAAAACACAUCAAGAGGAGUAUAGCAUCAUUCUUUUAUCAUUCUUAUUUUUACACAUGUAAAUAUUAGUAGCCAGCAGAACAGCAACCCAGUGUUUCAGCCUAGAGGCUUUGCCAAUGAUAUAACAUUUUGAGCGAGCUUGGGGGUCUGGUAAAAGUUGGGUUGGAAGAUAAAUGCUCAACCAUCUCACCUAGAUACUCUGGAUCAUUUACAGACAAGAAAAUAUAUAAAGCAAAUAUAUUAUGAAAAUACAAAAAUAUACUGUGUAAAGAAUCGAUGAUAAAAAGAACAAUUAAAUUAUUUUAUUUUGGCUACUAAAUGAUUGACAAGUCAAUGAGGGUAAGGAAUAACAGCGAUUUAAAUACAUAUAUGAUGAUAUGACUUUGUAAAGCUUUAUGUACAAGCCUAAUACAACUUUUUAAACAGUAAUGAUAUGUGUGAAUUUUUGUGACAUUUUCACA